AUGCAGAGCAUAGGCAGGGCAAUUGGCGACAAUCAAAAUGAAGAAAAAGUGAGAUGCCCCUCGUCGUUAGUGGGGCAAGUGAAAAUGCCCGAAGCAGCGGGGAACGAACUCAUAAACCAACGGAACAUGAUGCCGGAGAUCCCCAACUACUCCCUGCGCGGAGAGGCCGAGUGCCCCCUGAACCGGAAGAGAGACGUGUCCUCCAUCCCCAAAAACAGCCAAGAGAAGUGGCUCUACCCCUCGCCACAGCAAUUUUACAAUUCCCUCAUUAGGAAGAACAAGCACAUCGACCGAAAUUACAUUGACGCUGUGGUGACGGUGCACAACGAGGUAAAUGAGGAGUCCUGGAGGCACAUCCUGAAGUAUGAGUACCUGCACAGGAGCAAAUGCAGCGAAGUCACCCUGCAGCGAUUUCUCGGGAAAUUUGAUGACCUCUCAGUGAAGGCCAAAUUCAGGAACAUUUUCUCCAAGCUAGGCAAACCGUUCGACAGACACGACUGGUAUGUAAACAGGUGCGGCACCGAGGUGAAGUACAUUUUGGAUUACUACAACGAUGAGUCUAAGCAGGACGACAAGAAUAUAUACAUCGACGUCAGGCCUGCCCUGAACAGCUUCUCAAAUAUCUGGGACCGAAUACGCUACCCUUUUUACGAAUUUUACUUUAAGCAUGUCAAGCGGUAUGAACUGUUCAGGUGA